UUUCAGUGCGCGGAUUCGGAAAGUUUAUAUAUUGUGAUUCCGAUUUAAUACGAAGUACCGGUUUGACGUUUCGAAACGUAGCAUUGGUGUGUUUGAAAUUUUGAGAUUUUUUGAGGUCAAAAUGCCGUUUAUGCAAGGAAUGGAUCUGAGGGGGAUAAAGAAGCAUCCAUCUCUCAUCCCUCUUUACGGUGUUAUGUUUUUUGGAUGCACCGCUGCUACUUUAAUCGGAUUAAGAGCAGCUUUCAAGAAUCCUGACGUCUCUUGGAACGUAAAAAAAAAUCCGGAACCUUGGCAAAAAUAUGCGGAUAAAAAAUACGAGAAGCUCCUGGACCCAGCAGGGAAAAGAGGCUACAGAGACCAUCUCCCGAGACCCACAUCUAUCUGGGAUUAAGGAACACGAAGCGAAAUGAAAAGGAAUAUUUGCUUCAGCAUUCACAGAUUUCAAAAGAGAAGCCAAAUAUGUACUAAUCAAACAGGUUUUCACAUAUCGUACUCGAUUCUUAGUGGUCUAACCUAUUUAUACAUUUUUAUGUUCAUAAAUAAAUAUACAAUAAAUAAGUACAGUUUAAGAUGCC